AUGAGUUCCCCUAUUUCUAGCCUGAAGAAAGGCAAAAGAAACCCUCUGGAUCCAAGGUAACCAUUUGUAAACAUAAAACUUCGAAACGUUUCAUUGAAUUUUAAAAUCAUGAGCUUAUUAUUAAUACUGUCCAAUAACUUACUGUUUUGUGAAUAUUAGAAAAAAAACAAUGUCAUUUUGUUUUUUUACUAUACCUAGUUACCUGUGUGCAUGUUCUUUCAUGUUAUUUUACCAUCUUGCUACUUUACGUGCUAAUAUAUAUAGAUUUAGCCACAGCUAAAAGCGAAGCUCCCAUUGAUAUUUUUGUAACUUAAUCAAACAAUAAUUUUUUAUUCCACAAAUCAGGUAACUUAAGGGCACAUUCAUGUGACUUUUGAGAGAAAAGCUAAGUGAUUUUGGAGUGAAACAAAUCUUGUAUCGAGUUGAUAUAGCGCUAUAUGUACACCCAAAAAAUAGUCUUCGGUCACAUUUAAGAGCAAUAAUGGCUCUUGAUCACAGUAGAUAAGGCGUGGAAAACAAAGUCUUGGAAAACAAAUCAGACCGAAUUUUUUCGUUCGACAAGUUUUCAAAUUCUUGCAUGUAAAUCUGGGUGGGUGCAAACCAAUCUUUUAUUAUUUUUUAUAGACCACAUCUGAGGAGAAAGAGUACUAUGAGGCGCUCUUUUUAUCAUACAGACCUCGUACAAAAUGCAGUAUUUCACAAACUUUCAAGACAAAUUUCAUUCAUUCAAUAUUCAGGACCAUCGAAGCACGCGUGGACUUUUAGUUAGCGAAACCGUUCAAAAAAUUUCCAAAAUCACCUAUACAGCCAUCCGGUUCUAACUUUUGGCAAGCGCCAAAUUUGCGAAGAAAUUUUAAAAGAGUUACCCUUCAACGUGACAAAGAAUUUAUUGAGUCUAUUUUUUAUUAAUGGUUUUAUAACGAUGUGUAAUCUUAAAAAGCGUUUGAGACGCUUGGCAUUUUGAGUACUCCUGAAAGCGAUGUUUAUGAACGGCUGAAAACAAACGGCAAAGUGAUGAAAAUCACACUUUUGAGACUACCAACAAUCAAUAAAGAAAUAUCAUUCGGUAGAACAUUUACAGAGACAACAAUUUUCAUUCACGAAAACAAAUGAGUAUUUAAGUGUCUCUAAGAAUCCUCAAGUCUUUACUAGUAAGCUUAAAGAUUAAGUUUAUGCAGAAACCCAUAAUGUUUUAAGCCGCCGGUUUCCCGGUGUUUGCUGUUUUCAAAGAUGACUCACGACAAGAAAAUCGCUCAAAGCUUUCUUUCUACAGCCAAAAUUAUAAGUAAAUAUUCUUCGGAAAGUUUUUUCUUUCUAUUUACGGUGAAUUAAUAUCGACUAAAGGCUUUUUAAGAUCGGUGUCUCAGUCAAAUCUUAAUACAAACGUGCAUAAACUAGCUUCAUAAACUGCGCCGCUGGACUUCAUGAAAUUAUAUUUAAAUACAAUAAUUACUUAAGCUUACCAUAUUUCGAGAUGCAGCUCCUGAAAGCUAUCAAGUAAGGCAAGGAUCGCUUGAGCCUUUAUAAUUCUCGUACACAUCCAGCAAGGUGAAAAACAAAAACGAUGCCAUCCGAAAUCGGAUUAUCGGCUUUGACAAGUGAUGCACUUCUCAACCAAAAACCCAAUAAACAAACCAGCCAUGAAUAAGAGAACACUCUUGAUAGCAGCUAUAUUUCAUUUUGUACAUCCAGUGGAAAAAGACAGUUAAAAACAUCACAAGUUGACUCAAACUCUGUCAGCUUCAGCGGUCAAAGUAAACAACUUUCAAGAUGCUGCAUAAAUUUUACACAUGAACUCACCUGUCAAAUUUUAACCAAUCGGAGCAUAAAAAUUGGACGUGGAGUGUGACCAACACGUAACCAGGGUAAGAAAAGGUCUUCCCCGCCUGUCUUUUAAAAAAACUGGCUGAAUUUUUGCGUCUGAGGUCAGUUUGAAAUCAAAAUCGUAAUAGUGCGGUGCGAUACUAACAUAAACACAACAUAUUUGAUAUGAAUUUAAAAAAAAGUAAACGUGAGCCUGCGAUCAUUUGAAAACGAGUAAAUUUUCAGCGGAUAACUUCAAAAAAUACUCGACCUCGAUGGGUCGACACCUGAGCCCGCGAUACGGCCAGGUGAUACUGGUCAGCGGAUACUUUGUUUUGACAGCUGUCAAUUGAUGACAACAUUGAUGUGCAAUCAGCUUUCUCCUGGGCUCCCAGAGUAGCUAGAAAGUGUGAGAGUAAACAUUGGUAUGCCUGUGGUGCGGAUGGACGGUCGGUCGGUCGGUCGGUCAUGUGAUUACCAAAUUUUCUGGGAUGGGUAGAUUUAUUUGACCAUGGUGCUCCGCAGGCGCGCUUCACGCGCGGAGCUCCGCUACAACGAUCAAAUUUGCAUUGGGAAUCUGUUUUUCAUUAUAAAGCUUAGUAUUUGGUAAAUUUGGUUUUCAGAGCUGUGCUCAUGUGCAGUUUGCCCCAAGUUGUGUUUGGAUGACAAUGGCACUCCAUAUUUUUCCCAAGAAAUUACACAUAAACAAAUUAAAAGAAGAAUACCAGUUGACUUGUAUUUAAAAACAGGACAUGUUUAAGAGAAAUAUUGUGAUUUGCUAUAGUUUUUCAAGGUUUGAUCAAUUUGAGGCAAAUUAGAUUUUCAUUUUUGAUUUGCUUACCAUAGGAAAUUCAUGGUUUAUUAGGUUGACCAACUCUAUAGUUAUGUAAUAUUAACUGUCUAUUGUUUUUAGGCAAGCUCAAGUCCCAUUUAGGAAUCAAGGAAACAUUCCAGGUACAUGUGCUAGUUAUGCCUGCCAUAAUUUACACCAUUGCACCACCAGGCAAUAGAUAAAAAGCAGUUAAAUCAUUGCUUAUUCAGUUCUUAAUGAAAAAUAAUCUAUAGAGAAUUAAUAAGUAUUGCUUGUUUUAGUAAAUCGUAUUCCACUAUCCUUGUUGGAUUAUUAUCUUGAUCAAAAGAAAAAAAAUAGACUUGGACCCAUGGCCAGGGGUUUCGUUUCAGGCUGGACGUCUGAGAUGCAACAUCCGGUUGUUUGGCAUGUAACAAAUGGUUAAUGCUAGUUCACACAUGAAAACAAUUAUAAUAGUAUUAUUUAUUAGUAUCUUUUAAAGACCCUCCUGGUGAACCAAUUUCGGUCCAAGGAACACAGGAAAUUGCAUUUUAGUAAUUAAAGUCCAGUUAUAAAAAUUUCAUGUUUGUGCCUGUGGCAUGAACGGUGUAAGUCUACCAGUUCUCUGCAUCUGGUUAUUGCCAAAUGCUACUGACCAUCAACUGAAAACCCUGCAUGGCACCAACUUAAUCUUUGUCUUUCUGUGAUCUUCUAGAUGACAUUUCUGGUUCUUUGUUGAAGAACAAUGGCAUGGCAAAAUUACCCAAGUCUUCAAGCUCAACUCAUGGUAAGAGUGGUAUAAUGUGAUAGGGAGGAGAGAUUACAAAGUGAACUUGGUCCUUUUGUUAGUAUUGCAAUUAUGCAUGACUAAAGGAUUUGAAAAGAAAAAAAACAUUCCUGUAAUUGCGCAGGAGGCAAGCGUGACCAAGCAGUUAAAAUGCCAGACUUUCAUUGCCAUCUGAUCCCAAGGCCUCAAGUUCUAAUUCCCAUUGAUUGCCAGCUGGAUUCAUUGUUUCACCACAGCCCUAAGUUGAAAUCUGUUGCUGUGCUUGUAAAUAGCCUACUGGUUCAAUGCUUCUGUCACUAAGAUUUGUUCAUGUAACCUUGUUAUACCUUAGUUUGUGUUUUUUUUAUUAAUAUAGUUGAUUAUUAUUAAUUAUUAAUAAUAAUUGUUUAGUUAUUAUUGUUUUAUUAUUACAUGUUAACAAAGCCAUUUUCUGGUUACUGUCUAGCUAAAGAGCUAAAGGUUUUAAAAACCUACCCAAAAGCCUUUUGCAUGUUGUGCACUUUGCGGACUUCUGUUCCAGUGGCAAAGUCUUUCAGCUUGGAGAACUGAAGUAUGAGCAUGCAUAGAAAGAGAGCUUUAUCUCCUCCCCUUUCCCGUUAUUUUUCCUGCCCCAGUUUUUUCUUUUGCUGGGCAUUUACUAGGAAGGCUUCGUUUUGGUGGGAAAAGUUUUUGGGAAAGUUUUUUGAUUGUAGGAUUAUAUGGAAGGAAGUGUGGAUCGCGGUGGGUAGUGGAACAAGAUAUUCAUGUGAAUUUUCGUGUCAACUUUACAAUUCAAUUCAAUUCAAUUUUAUUAUUCACACUUGUCUUUAUAAAAUAUUUACAUUAUAUAUAGUAAGGUAGGGAUACACUAAUAAAGGAGAAGAAGAAGGAAAAAAAAAGAAAAUUAAUGGCUUGGGUAGAAUUGUACGGUGGUCAGAGGAGCUUAGCUUUCGAGCUAACCACUGGUUGUCUCUUUGCCUCUUUGUCUGUCCCUUGACUGAAUCAUGCUCAUUUUGGUGUGGUUUGAAAGAUCUCUUCCUCCUGCACAAGUUGCUGACAAAGUUGUCCUCGACUGUUAAAACUGAUGACCACAUGGGAUACAUAGGAUGUAGUGGUUAUGGGCAGUUCAGGAGCGAAUGGGUUAGACUCUUGGUCAAAGAAUGGGCAUUCACAGUGAUCAUUAUUAAUAGUACCCACAGACCAUGAACUCCUUGGCAGUAUGAUGUCUCGUUUAGCUCAAGCAGAACAGCGGCUAAAAGCUGCUCAGACACAGCUACUUGAAAAGGUAAAAAAAAACAUUGUAACUAUUUAUUAUAGUAAGUACUGUAAAUAAUUAUGAUGUGGUGAAGUGUAAUUUAAGCUAAGUUAAAUGCGAAACUGAGCUGGUCAGUGGCCUCCCCUGUUGCAGGCAUGCAGAGUGGUUGGGAGUUUUGCAGGUGGUGACGUGGUUUUAGAGCGCAGCUGUUGAGGUCAACUUCUGCUCUCGUGUGUUUUGCCCGUUUCAACUGUGCUUGGCGUCCUCACUCCCUGCCCUCCCUCCCUCUCUGUGGUAAGUAUGAGGUAAGUAUCAGUUUUGCACUUUUUUUUGGUGUGAUGAUGUCUGGUGGUUGCCGCUUACAGGGUUAUCAUGGUUACCCUGCAUGCUCAGCUCUUGUGCUUGUGGCUCAAACGUCUUUCCAGGCACCUUCCCCCAGCUCAUCUACUGUUGAUGAGUUUAAAUUGAUAAUAAUAACCAUACUAAUGAGUAUUAUUUCUAUUUAUACAGUCAUGUAAUUAUUUUAAGUAUGUGGUUUUGCCAUUGUUUCACUGAGCAUUAAACAAGACAGUGUUCUCCUUAUCAGGUGGUAACCAGUAAAAUUUGCUGCCUGAAGCAGCACUUCUUACCACCUGCAACUGCUUAAAGGUUUACUAGAAUUAAAAAUUGUAGUUUUAAUAAAAAGGCAAGUUGUGGUCUGAUCCAAUCAAGGAAAUGAAUGAAUGUGUUGAAAAGUAUUAAAGUAUACACAGCUUUUCUUUUUAUGGGCUAUGCAUUUUGGAAACUUAAAAGGACAUUGAAGACAGAGUAAAAUUAUUUGAAUAAAACGUUUUAAAUUGUUGUCUAAAGAUAACAAAGUUCGAUUUGUGUAAAAUAGGUCUUGAAAUGAGGGAAUGACAUUUUAGACAACUUAGCUCCUAAAUUUCCCAGAGAGGGCAUGGCCAUGUCCCUCACUCCAGUACCCCCUCCCCCUCUCCCAGGAAAGUGCACCUCUGGGGCAUUUUUGGCCUUACCAGCCAUGAAUGGUCCCUUACCUGCUGAGCUAAAAUUUAAGGAGAACACUGUCUGUUAUUUCAUUUCCACUGCUAUGAAAUUUUCAUAGCAGUAUACAAGGUGGGCGUGACAUACAUUUUUAAAGUCAAAUUUCUAGAGGUCUUUGAUUUAUAAGUCUGGUUGAAGGGAUAACUAUACUUGUGCGCUUGAGACCAAGAUCAAAAUAGUAUUAACUGAGAAGUGUAUGAUCGUGGGACUUACUGAAGCUGUAAUGUCUCUUUUUCCCACUUCUUACAUAACAUUUGUGCACCAAAAUUUUGUGAGCACAGGUUAAUUUAAUUUGGUUUAUUCGAACUUACUGUAAUGUAGCUCUGUUUAAAGUAGAUGCAGUCAGACCUCCCAAUCACCUAAAGUACAUUUAAGGUUCAGUGGUUAAUAAUGGGAGGUUGUCAAAGACUGAAACAAUCAAACAGCAAAUGGGUGUUUUCCAAUGAGAGGUCCUGACACAUAUACUUUUUGAAGAAGAAUUUACUGCAUGCAAUUUCCUAGUUACCAUUUAAGCUCUAUGUUGUCACUAAAAGUUCUUCGUAUACACUCUGAGUAGCAUAGUGCACAUAGUACAUACAGGAAACAUAGAGAUUAGACCUGCAUCAAGUGGUCACUAAUGGGAGUUUAAAAACAAUGGAAAAUUUAAAACUGUCUCUCCACAAAGUGGCUGCAGUCGCUUAUGGGGGGUGGUCGUUUACGAGAGUUUACUUACCAAGACCUUGAUUAUUCCUGAUCUCACAAAAACUGAGUCUAGUAAUGUUGUUUUGUUAUACAUGUACAUUUUUUUGAAGAAAAUAGCAACAAACACACUGUUGCACAGAACACAGUCUGACAUUUAUACUCUUAGAAAUCAUGCAUUGCACAUGCAAUCUACAGAUAAGUCACUAAUCUACAAGCAGAUAACUGACUAAUCUGUAGGUUGCACUGAUUUCCAAAAUAAACUGUUGGCUCUUAUCCAAUCAAUAAGAAGUCAGAUAGUGAGUACAAUGUAUAAUGUAGCAUCUUAAAUUAUCUACAUCAUUAAAAGCUGUAGAUAUCUGAAGUCAGCAUUGCAAAAGGCAGAUCUGGUAUUCAUGUAUUUAAGUAUUGAUCAACAUUCACCCUUAAGUUUUAAUUUCUGUUUAUUUGGUUUUUUAAGGAUAAGAAGAUUCGAAUCCUUGAGGAAAAAGCUAAAUUGUUAGAAAAAGCCAGAGGUAAGAUACAGUGUAAUAGUGGAGUGCAUGUAAGCUAUUAAAAAUAUCAAGCAUCAAUUAGUUGAGAAAGUCUUCCAGACCAUUUAAAACCUUGUCAAGUGAACCAAAACUCUCAAAUUGUCUCAACAGGUCGUAUUGAGAUGGGUGUAGCUACCUAACCUCAGUACACUCAUGGGCUACUGGCAAAUUGUUGAUGAUUAAUAAAAACAAAGUCUAAAAAUAAUGAUUAAAAAAACAAACAAACAAAAAAAAACAGAAGGUAUAUAAGUGAUAGCUUUUCAGCAUUCCCCACCCCAGCCAUUUUGCCACUGUGGAAGGGUGUGGAGACUGUAACUGUUGCCUGUAGGCGAGGAUCACAGAGCCAAAUUUGGAAUGGGAUUGGGGGGAGGGGGGGGAGGGGCCGCUAGCGACCACUAAAGGCGGGAGAAAUAAGCAGGGUCCAGGGUGUUCUCCUCUGGGAAAUUGUGAAAUAAAAGUCUCAUUUUGAGGUGCAUUUGCGACAUAUUUAUAGUAUAUAUUUCAUGACAUUUUGCUCAUUUUGUGAAUGAAAAAAGGCAUCUCUGACUGUGAUAAUAAUAAAAAUCUUUAAUAAAGUAGCCAACGUCAAAAAAUUAUUUGCUAUGGUGGAUUAUCGUUGAAAGAAGGCUAACUGAUAUACAUGUAAUAUGUGUUUACAAAAAUACGUUGAACAUACAAUAUGUUAUUCAAUCAUAUAACACAAGUUCUAAUCUGCAUGGUACAUGAAUGUUUUACAGCCGAAGAGCUGGAUAACUUGCUGUUUUAUGAUAUUUACUUAUAGGACCAUUCAAAAUGGUGGCAAAAUCAUUGAGGGUGCUUUAGCUCCCCCCCUCCCCCCUCCAGUUCCCCCGGCUCUGCAGUCCCUGGUAGAGCACUCUCCUAUCUUACUUGUAUGUUACUAUAUAUACCAUAUUGUUAGAAAACACCCAUUUAAUCAAAUAAACCCACAUGGAAAGAAUUCAGGAGGUGAUGUGGGGCACAUUUAAAAACAACUUUGCAUUAUACCUAUGGAAAAACUAAUCCCAGCUGUACCACUGUGAGGGAUAUUGAAUUUGUCAAUAGAAACUUACGUAAAGUAAGGUAAGAAAUAGAGAUGGUCCAUUUAUUCAAGCAUUUGAGUUUUAUCUGCCCCUUUACUUGCCUUUCAGGUUAUAAUUCAGAUACAAUAACAGAACUAGAAAGAAAAUGCAGGAGAUUACAGACUCAAGUAUUCCAGAUGGAGGUACAGUGGAAUACCGUCUUAUUACCCCCCCCCCUUCCCCCCCCGGUUUAUACGACGACCUCGUUAUUACGACAAUAUUCUUUCCACCCAAACGUAAAAACCACUGAGUCAUUUUAUUAUUUUAAAUACCCCGUUAAUGCGACCAUCUCGUUAUUACCAUCAGGGUUUAUUGUCCAACGGUGGUGGCAUCAACAGGGUUCCAUUGUAGUAGGGAUAUGAUCCUCGCUGAAAUUAAGAAAAAUCUGAUUGUUUUUUUGACCCAGCUUCGAGUCAGUGUUAGUUAUGGUAUGCCAAUAUCCUCCCACAUGUUUAUGCUUAGACUCUGAAGAUGACUACAGCACAGGUUGUCGAAACGUCAGUCAUUGUCAACAACACUCAACCGAACGAACAGACUCAACCUACUUAUCAAGUGACUCCUGGCUUCAAACCUUUCACAGUUUUACGUUCACUUGGACGACAGAGCGAACCACUUGCAAACCACAAAAACUCUGACACUGAAGAUGACUACUGUAGAGGUUGUCAACCAGCCUGCGAGGAAGAUGUUCUCUCGCGGCUUGCUUCUCUCGAGAUAAAUGGAGAGCUUGCUCACAGGCUUGUAGUCGAAACUUCAGUCCAAAAGACUUGUUUCCGGCACUACAGCAUUCUCGCUAAUACUCGUAGUGGAAUGACGACAAGUGACAACGGCUAUCGCGUUUUCACGCCAAAAUAGGGACUUUAAGAUCCAACGAGAUCCUAAUGACUUUAUCUGACCGCCUGGGCGGGUAUUGAAGAAAAACGGUACGACAGACUAUUACUUUCUCUGUUUCAGGACUUUUUGGCUGAUUAUGGUAUGGUGUGGGUUGGAGAUGACUCUGCUGCUGAUUCUGAUUAUGAUGUUUUAGAAGAAUCACCAUCCUCAGAUACUAGCUUUUUGGGCCAUCAAAAGGCAGUAUGGAAUCCUGGUAAGUUAAAAUUUUGUAUAUUACCUAAUUAAAAGUAUGUUCUAACAUUAAAAUGCCCUGUUGUCUCGAAGGAAACGGUGGUAGUCCUGUGAACCUUGAGAUUCUCGGGCGUGCGCAUUUGUUAGUCCUAGUUCUCGUUUUUACAAAAAACAGAGAAAUGCCCGUGUCCAUACUAGCUUUUUCGGUCGCGUUGUCUCGUAAGCCCAUGAAACGAACGUCGGUUGUAUUUCGUUACCAGGCUAUUCCCGGACGGUUCCACUCUGACGAAGGGUUAUAGCACUCGAGAUUAAAGUUUUUUAACGAUUUUACGCUAGUAAAUGAAAUUUUCCACAUGAUACAGUUGAUAAAACCAAAUUUUUGCUUUUUCAGACAACCUUUGUUUUUCGCCCAUGUAUUAAAAAGGGCAUCCACGACAGUAUUGGAUACUGGAUUCCAGUCUUUGUCAGCGAAACUUGGAUUCUGGAUUCCAAUAGUUAGUGGGAUUCCGGAUUCCUUGAGCUGUAUUCCAGAUUCCAAAGUCCAGGAUUUCCGGUUCCGGAUUUCAAAAGCAGAAAUUUCUCGGAUUCCGGAAUCGGGAUUCGCUUACCUGGGGUCGAAAUUUCAACCUAGUGUAAGACUGAACCAGACCUUACACAUGUAAUUUCUUUACCAAUUUCAAACCAUAUUAGAAAAUAUGUUUAUUUUUUAGCUAAGGUUGAUAAUACUACCUGUUUCUUAUAGUUACCGUUUUUCAAUAUUUUAUACUAGAUACUUCACUAGUUAGUAAUAUGCCUCGGGAAUUUAAAAUGGACUUUGACCUUGUCAUGAAGAACAUCAGAGAACUUAACAUUCUGGCGGGAGAAGGCUGUAGUGAUGUAACAAGAACUAAAGAUGGUGCUAGACUGAAGGUAUGAGUGGUACAUUAGUCGUGAUCCAGUUACCAUCUCAUCGCUUCUCGUAGGACUACGAUUUCAGUUACGACUAUAAGGGUU